AUGAUUGAAGAGUCUGUGUGUGUUUCAGUCUCUUCUUCAUCCUCCUCAUCCUCACAGACUGAGAUCAGUGCAGGCCGCUCUGUGACUCUCUUCUGUCAGUUGUAUUCAUAUCCUCGAGGCUCUUGUAAUGAUUGGAUCAGUUCUGAGAGAAUUGAGCUGUUCUGGGUGAAUCAGGCUGGUGUUAAACUGACGAGAUCAGACUCCAGAUAUCAGAUAUUAUUCUCAUCAGAUCACUGUAUCAUCACUCUGAAUACAACACUCCUGAAUGAAGAUCACAACAGAGAGUGGAGAUGCAAUGUUACUCAGAGAGAUCAAGUCAAGAGCUCAGUCACAUACACUGUCAAGAGUUCAGCUCAAACUAAAACAGCGACAGCAGUGAUUCCAGUCCACAGCACAAACUCUCAGGAUCCCUCGACUACAAACACACACGUAACUAAAGCUCAAGCUGAUUCACCGGCAGAAGUAACUUCUACUCAAGAUUCAGAUUCAACACUGAUUCCAUUCAGCAGCUCAAACUCUGAGACGACAUCAAGCCGAACUACAGCAGCAGCUCCUACACAAGUGAUUGUGAUUGCUGUCUGCGCUUCAUUCGCUCUUCUCCUUCCUGCUCUGAUUCUUUGGUUGAUGAUUCGUAGAAAAAGAGCCGCUGUCAGAAGAGCGACUGAUGACUCUGUGGAGCAGACAGAUGAUGUGACUUAUACUGACGUCACUGUGUACAGAAAAAAUGGAGCCAAAAAGAACGAGGUUCGCUGUGAUGAUAAAGUGACUUACGCUUCCAUCAGAGGAACAAAAGCUAAAGCUCAGGACAACUGCAGUCAACUUUAUGCCUCUGUGAAGAAGAACCAUCACAAAUCAGACAAAUAA